AUGGUUAUUUUUACUAUCACUAGAAGUUUACGUGAUAAUUGUUUCUACUUAACAGUUUACACAUCCGUACUUGGCUGUCUCGUACUAACUUUUUUUUUGCUCUUUGCAUUAACCGGAAUUAGCGGUCAAGUAUUGUUUACUGCAAUUAAGACAGCAAUCGAUGAUACCAUUAUUAGGUACCGAGAUGAUCCAGAUCUGCAGUUGUUUGUUGAUUGGAUUCAAAUAAAUCUCAAAUGCUGUGGGUCCAGAUCACCACAUGAUUGGAAUGACAAUAUUUAUUUCAGCGAUGCAAAAACAUUGCACAGAUAUGGAUCACCCGAAGCUGGCGGGGUACCAUUUUCAUGUUGUAAGGAGGACAAAUCUGAAAUACUCCGCAAUCUUUAUUGUGGUCUUGGUGCGCGAAUACGACCAAUUGACGCAGAAAUCGGCGCCAGAGGUCCUUAUGUGAGAGAUAAUAUUUACAAUCAAGGUUGUAUAGAAAUGCUGAAACAAUUUCUGAUCAACAAUGCUCUAUAUAUUGUUCCUGGAGUGACCAUUUUUUUACUAAUUCAAUUGUUCUGUGUAUUUUUGGCUUGCAUUUUGCAAAAUCAAAUUUUGGUACAGCGAGAAGAAUGGUACAGUACGGAGCAUUUAAAAGUUUUUGUAUACGAUGCCUAA